AUGAUAGAUCCUUUAGAGAACAACUUGUUUGAUCUUCCUGAUUAUGAGAAUACAGAAGAUGAAACGUUCCCACCUCUUCCACCUCCUGCCUCGCCAGGAAGAGAUGAUGUUGAAUGGGCUCAAGCUAACAGAGAUGGAAACCAGCAGUCACAAACAAAGGAUUCUGCUGUGGCUACACGCAAAGCAGUUAAAAGACCAACACCUAAGCUAGAUGCCCAGAGAUUAAUUUCAGAAAGAGGACUUCCAGCCCUGAGACACAUGUUUGACAAUGUAAAGUUCAAGGGUAAGGGGCAUGAGGCAGAAGACCUGAAGACACUCAUACGACACAUGGAACACUGGGCUCAUAGACUGUUUCCAAAAUUGCAGUUUGAGGAUUUUAUUGACAGAGUCGAGUCUUUGGGAAAUAAAAAGGAAGUUCAGACCUGCCUAAAGCGGAUUAGACUUGAUCUUCCUAUUUUACAUGAAGACUUCACAAGUAAUGAAGAUGGCGGAGGGGAAAGCAACGGACUGGCUACAGCUGCUGAAGAUGUACGUCCCUGCUCUGAAAACGUAGAAGUCAAUUCUCUCUCUGGUACAACUCUCACGGAAGAGCAACAACAGCGUAUCCAGAAGAACAGGCAGCUGGCCUUGGAACGUAGGCAAGCAAAGAUGCAGCGUAACAGCCAGUUGCAACACAACGAGCUCCCUGCUAGUUACUCAGAAGAGGAGUUUAAUAGCCCCGUUGCUCAGGAUCCCGCUGACCUCAUUGACGACACUCAAGCUACUGCAACCAAGGCUGCUGUUACAGAAGCUGAAGAUGGAGAUAUAGAAUGGGAACAGGCUGGCGAAAAGCAGUAA